UAGUGACGCGAUGAUGCCUCGUGGCGAGACCACGAGCGUCGAGUGCGCGAGACUCCUUACUGGGGUGCCAGGAGUUUCGGUGACUCGCGGUGGACGGGACAAGCGGAGAAAAUGCCCCAGGGUAACGAGAAAAUUGGAGAAAUGAGGCUGCAUAGAGAUGAUAAUAACGAAAAAUUUUGUGAAGAAAAAGACACAUAUUGUGAAAUGAACCGAGUGAGAGUGAAAUAAAAGAGAAAAACGAAAGUGUUAAUUUCCUUAAUUUAUGAUCAUCUCGAAUGGUUGAAGGGGGAAAAAACGGAAAGCGCGAGCGGCGUCGACGAAAGAGACGAAAACCCGAGGAGACGCGUCAGCGGAACGCAAAACUGGCGUCGUUAACGCACGAGUCACGGGGGACUCGGACCCGUCGACGCACCAACGGCGGUUCACUCUCGAGUCGCGGUAGUGCAGGGAUGCAGUGCGGCCUUUGCGCCGUACUCGCUGGGCUAUUCAGACGCGCCAUGUGCAUAGCCGGCAGCAGACGGGGCUCCGGUGAGUCUUGCUAUCAAGAAUUGACCACUGAACAACAGGUUAUGAUUGAUCAGAAGACGUGCGAGGUCGGGGUCACAAUCACCAGCGCUACCCCGGAGAGAACGGGCUCUUUCACGCACAGAUGUGUACGGGAUGUCAUUCCUGAGGUGAGAUUCCAUGAGCAUGAAAAAACUGGGGCGACUUCAGUUGUUGUUAUUUCGUUUGUGGCGAAAACAUCAAGUGCAGAAAUCGCUGUUGAUAGCUCCGAGGAGAAUGCACUGUUCGCCCGAAUUUCUGAAGAGGCUACGCUUCCGUCCUCAGGGGUUUUGCCCCCAGUGCAAUCAUCCCCGGAGGCUGCUGAAGAGGUGGAGAUGGAUGUGCCACGUCGUUUCUCAGAGACAGAACGUCUGUUGAUAGAUAGUUUAGAUAUCGAUGAGGAUCGAACAAAACACACUGGCAGAUUUCUCACGAUGCACAAGAGACGACGCAAACGGCUAACAACGAGAUCCCUGAGUCAGGAUCCGGGACUUUUGGAUGAUAUUUUUCAUGGACAAGUGCAGUGCAUUUUGCUGAGGGCCGGCCACUGGCGCUUCAACGCUUUCACCCUGGAGACUGUAUCGGGAGGUCGUUCUCUGCCAGUAAUGUGUGUACACCUGUUCCAAUGGUACGGUCUACUGCAGCAAUUCAAUUUGGACGUAGUCAGGGUGUGGAAGCUAUUCGCCCUUAUUGAGGAGGGCUAUCACAGUACAAAUCCUUAUCACAAUAGCAUACAUGCCACUGACGUCACGCAGGCGAUGCAUUGUUUCCUGCAAGAGGACAAAAUAAGAAAAAAUCUCACUGGUGUAGAGAUCAUGGCCUCUCUGAUAGCCGCCGUCACCCAUGAUCUCGAUCAUCCUGGGGUUAAUCAACCGUUCCUAGUCGCAACCAGCAAUCAUCUGGCCACUCUGUACGAGAAUACAUCAGUAUUGGAAAAUCAUCACUGGAGGUCGGCAAUUGCUUGUUUACUCGAGAGCGGUGUUUCCGAGCAGUUGUCACCCGAAAUCCGGGCGAAGCUUCAGCGAUACAUCAGCUCAUUGAUCCUCGCUACUGAUAUCACCAGGCAACAGGAGUUUCUGACUCGUUUCAGGACUUACCUCGACACAAACACCCUCGACAUGGAGCGCUCAGAGGACCGCCACUUCAUCCUCCAGAUAUCCCUGAAAUGCGCGGACAUAUCGAACCCCUGCCGCCCCUGGGACAUCUCCCGCAAGUGGGCGUACAAAGUGUGCGAAGAGUUCUUCAGACAGGGUGACUACGAGCGCCAGUUGAACCUGCCGGUGACUCCCCUCUGUGAUCGUUCCUCAAUCAGUAUCCCUAAGAUACAGGUAGGCUUCUUCGAGUUCGUAGUGACACCGCUGUACGAAGAGUGGAAUCGCUUUCUGGGUGACGGUUUGAGCAUAACGCUGAUGAGCCACCUGCGGGCGAACAGGAAGCGUUGGGAGGCUCUGAUCGCCCAGGAGACGGCGGAGGAGACGAAGACGGAGAUGUCGGACCUGGAGGAGGUCCACAGCACCCCCAGCUCCGAGGAGGAGAUUCCGCAUGAAGACACUGGAAGCGUUGAAGUUCUCAAUAUCGAGCUGCCAGCGGAGAAUGCAGUGACGAGAAUGGCCAGGCGUCACUCGGUACCGAUGCACACGAACACUCUGGCCCCACCCCCCAGGGUCAUUCGACGGGACAGCGUUCCCUGCGCCCACGACAGCUCCAAGCUACCCCUUGUCAAGCUGGACGACCAGAGUCUUCAUCCCUUGAGCUCGUUCUCCCUGAUGUCCUCGAAGUCGUCUCUCCUGGAGAUCACCACCAACAACAGCACAGGUGAGCGGCCAGUCUCCGCGGAGAACCUACUCCCGGAGACGAGCAUCGCCAGCAUCACGAGCAACAUCGAGGCCUCGAGACUCUGCACUAUUCUCCAGCCCGAAGCGCAGAAGUCCGCGCAGAGCAAACAGCUGACCAGACAGCAGACCUUCCCGCCUCUGCAGCCUUACGUCAGGAUCAGGUACAUGUCGACAACCGCGGAGAUGUCCAAGUGUCUGACGGAGACGCUGAUGGAGACGGAGUCGCCGGCGUCGUCGACCUCCACGAGUCCCUCCAGGGACAGAUCGAGUGCGAGCCACCGUGAGAGGAAGAUCAGUUCGCGAUCUUACACGGUGGAUCACAGCAGGCGACGGGAGUCAGCCUUUGCCGACUUCAAUCGGUUGAACGUCGAGUCGGCGAUGACUGGUGACCAACGGCGAAGGCACUCUGUCCAGGGGAUGAAGGGUGACGAAGUCGGCAAGCAUCAUCGGCACAAGAGGCCGUCGUCGGCCCAAGAGGCCGAUCCAGCGCAGAUCUACGCGAAUUUGACUGGGGGGUCCAGGGCGAGACAGAAGUCGAGUGGAAGUGACUCCAGGCCGGUGUCCAGGUCUGACUCCGAGAGACAGUGGAGCCUCGAGGAGUCGGCUGGCGAGGACCAGGGCUCUGGGGACCGAUGCAUGCCUCUCAUGGGGGGCCCCUUGGAGAAGAUGAAGGAGAGUGAGAUGAGGAGGUUCUCCACGCCGGUUACAGAGGUCAAGGUCUCCGGGGAGGGCGGGGGCAGGAGGUUCACCACUAUUCCGGUCACCUCGGAUCUGCCGACGCACAAGGUCUUCUUCAUUGGGAGUCCGCCGGAGUCGCCGCCGAGGCUCAAGAGUGUCUCCUCGAGUAGUGACAGUGGGAGUGAGCCCAGGAGGAGCAUUGGCGAGACUUCCUGCGAGGGGAGUGUUUUUGUGGGGGGCAAACGGGACUCCGAGGGCGGCAGGCACAAGGGCGGGAAGAUGAUGAAGAUGAGUGACGAUGGGAGGAUGAAGGAGAAUGUCGAUCCCAGGGGCAGUGACGAGGGCAAAUGCCCGGCUACCAGGCGCACGUCGCAGGGAUGGGCGAGGAGAAGGGGUUCAGCACCAGUGGGGCUGAUGUCUAGACUCGAUGACGUGUCAAUUACAAUGACCACGAGGAUCGACACUAAUGCACGGAGGGGAUCAGUACCCGCUGACAUCACCGACCACCAAACACUCAAAUCGGGGGGGUCAUUUAGAUCGGCACUGGGGCUGAAAAAAGAGAAUUUACCGGUGAUCAGACGAUCGAGUCUUCCACACGAGGCUGCCCUCGGCAGUAUAUUAGGUUUUCAAAUGACUGAUGACAGAGAGAACUUUCCCGUAAACAACAACAACAACAACAACAAUCACGGCAGCAACAACAACGCCCCAACAACUGGUAUGCCGUCACCUCGACGAGGCUCAGUACCAGCUGACAUAUCAGAAUUGCGUCGUGAUUUAUUCGGUCGGAAUAGUGUUAAUGGAAAGACUCGUAAUCGUAAAAAAACACUGAAGAGACGCAGCAGCGGGGGUCCAGAGAUGUUCGCUGGUAAUACGGAUGACAAUGAGAAUGGAAAAUGGAGUGGCUGGAAGAGGGAACUGUCCAAGAGGGACUCAAUACCAGAGCCAAGUGUCAAACGACGUGGCUCACUACCCGUUGAGAUGGUUUCCAUAUCACAUGCUGGCAUUGGUGGAACGAGAAGAUCGAGUCUGUGGAGACUCUAGCAGCAAAUGAAAACACCUGGGACAUCUUCGAGUAUCAUCAGCAACGAGUGAUGGCGACACAUUUCUGUUGAUUUUAUUUUCGUUCUUUUUGUCUGGAUGAAGAGAGAGAAAGAGAGAGAGAGAGAUGAAGGACAUGGAGAUGAUCUUCCACCAGUUUCAUUGGUGCAGAGAGUGUAAUCCUAGCGGUGAGAGGGAGGGGAUACGCGAGAGAUGUUUGUCAGCGUGACCUUGAGCCGUCUAACAGUAAAAAAGAAGCAUAAAAUACGUCUCAAUUGUCUUCCUGAUAACAGGAAGGAUGUGCAUGCGCCAAAAUUAAUUUGUGCCAUAAAUAAAUGACCGAUAAUAUCUCAAAAUCAAUGCGGCUCAAGUGAAAUUAAGUGAAAAAAUUCAAAUGAUUUCGGAUGUACAGUUGAUUUGCAUUAUAUAUACAACACAGGGUUCAUAAUUGACGAUUUUAUUAAUUAAAAAAAACGAUGCCUAGGUACGGAGAAUGAGAAAAGACUGGUAGAGAAACAUUGCGGCUGUAGAAGCUAGAUGUUAACGAGCGUAGAUUGAAAUAAAAAUGAAUUUACAAGAAAAAAAAUAAUAAUUGAAAUGACAUUUGCUCAUAUCUGAAAACACGUUAAUGGGACAAACAAUAGGUGGAAUUGAACAAUGGAGUGGGGAAUUACACUGAGGAAAGAGUAUUUUAAAAGUGAGAAAACAAAUUUCUCAUCGACAAUUUUUUUCCCGUCAAUCUACACUCCACUCCUCAGAGAUCACAGUUGAAUGAAAAAUUUGGUAAUCUCAACUGCUGAAGGUAGACAUUCAAGCCUUGUGUAGACCAAGAAAAUAACUGGAACAAUAACCGAAAGAAAAAUGUUGAAGGCAACUCAAUGAAGUCAUUAGCAAUCCCGUCACAUCAUCCAUAAUCUCAUACUCAUCGUUGUUGUUACGCAAUAAUUAAGGGAAUAAUCCAGUGAUUUGGUGACCUGUCAAUCCCAACAACUGUUGAUUGAUCGUAAACUGGACAAGAACAAAUAAUUAACACAUAAAGAAUGUUCAAGUAGUUAGUCAUUGAACGUUAGUCUGUAAUAUGAACCUAGAGAAAGCAUAGAAUAUAAAUUAAAAUCGCGCGAUGUAUUCAUGUAAUCGUAAUUAUUUAUAACUGGUUAAAUGAACAGGAUUAUUAUGAGCAAUAUGAAAAAAAAAACUGAUGAAUCAAAAGUUGAAGAAAGGAUUGAGUAAUGAUUAAUCGUAAAUACGCUCAUUAAUGGACUAUUGAAUUAAGAUCGUUUACCUCGUGUGCUCUCAUCCCCCCCACAAAUGUAUCUGAUUAUGAAUCCUCACAGACUACUUAAGAGACCACGAUAUUACGUAUUGGCUCGAUUUUCAAGCUAGCAUAAACAAUCAUGACGGGAGGGAACACCUUUGCGUCAUCCUUCAAGUAGAUUUGUCUCUAUUGAAUCGUAAUAUUUCUCGAGAUUGAUGUUACGCUGUCAUAAAUGCUGAAGGGAGAACUUCAUUAGUCAUCUCAAGGGAUCGAAGUAAUAGUUUAUCGGUGGCUAAUACUAAUUAAGGAACAAAGGAUCAUCUUGUAGGGGUUAAAAAUAUUACAGAUGUAGCAAACGGAUAAUCUGUGUCGAAAUAGAAUAGAACUAAUCAUCUUCACUCGGAUUUCAAUUCCAUUUCCGCAUGAGAAAAGACGAGAGUUUUGCUCGAGUUGAUGAUUAAGAGGCCUUGGGAGUAAAUAAACUACUGAAAUGCGGAGAAAUCUUGGGGGCUUGAGGUCUCAGGCAAAGGGAGGUGGAAAAAUCUGAAGGAUGGCUUGAAUAAUUUGUUCAUUCUGUAGGAAUUGGAUGCAGUGAGUUGAAGCUGAUGUGGAGGGGAUAAAUAAUUUUAAGGAAGGUUCAAAAAUGCGAGGUGGGGGACCGAUGUGAGCCUCGCCAUCUUGGGAUACCGCCCCCUGAUGAAAAUGGCUUUACACAUGGCGGCGCCCCACCUCCCAUUUUUAAACAUUUCUCGAAGCUACUUAUCAUUUUUAGAUCACACGCAACUCGUUUCAUCCAGUUCCUACAAAAUGAACAAAUUUUUUAAGCCAUUUUUCAGAUUUUUCCAUUCCCUUUUUGCUGAGAAUUCAUGGCACAAAGUUUUGCCAGCAUUUUAGUGGUUUUCUUGAAUGAUUUUUCCAUAUGGAAAGGUUAAAAAAUCAGGAACGGAGUUCGGAAAAAAAACAACUAAAGGCUGCUUUCACUCAAUUUCUUCGUCCCAACGAAAUUUGAAUUGUCACAGGUUACAUUCACUUUUCAAUUUUUCAUGAAAAUCUAUGAUGAAAAAUCUGAAGGAUGGCUUGAAUAAUUUGUUCAUUCUGUAGGAAUUGGAUGCAGUGAGUUGAAGCUGAUUUGGAGGGGAUAAAUAAUUUUAAGGAAGGUUCAAAAAUGCGAGGUGGGUGACAUGUGAGCGUCGCCAUCUUGGGAUACCGCCCCCUGAUGAAAAUGGCGCUACACAUGGCGGCGCCCCACCUCGCAUUUUUAAACAUUUCUCAAAGCUACUUAUCAUUUUCAGAUCACACGCAACUCGUUUCAUCCAGUUCCUACAAAAUGAACAAAUUUUUUAAGCCAUUUUUCAGAUUUUUCCAUCCCCUUUUUGCUGAGAAUUCAUGGCACAAAGUUUUGCCAGCAUUUUAGUGGUUUUCUUAAUGCCGAGGCCUCUUGAGACAUUUCCCAAAUUAAACUUGAAUGAUUUUUCCAUAUGGAAAGAUUAAAAAAUCAGGAACGGAGUUCGAAAAGGAAAAAACCAGAACUAAAGGCGGGUUUCACUCGAUUUCCUCGUCCCAACCAAAUUAGAAUUGUCACAGGUUACAUUCACACAUGGCCUCAACGUUCUUGACAUGUCACUCAACAACUUCGACUUUAGCAAAACCGAAACGGAACUGCAUAGCAGUUGGCAGAUGUUCAGGGAUAUGAAUUUUCCAUGCGGAUUUACCAUAGCAUCGUGUUUUAUCAGAAAGUACUAGAUGUACGUCCUUCCUCGCUCAGCGGCAGGUCAUCAUCAUCUCCCAUAUGUGUACAUAAUCAUCGAGCAAUGAUAUACAACAGGUUGGGUCGAACAUAAUGAGACCAUUGACAUUCUCCGAUUGACCUGUCGCGAGAGUCUCACUAGAUUAAUUAAAACUUUAAUGAAAAGACCACACUGUGCACCAAUUUCUCUAAGGAAAUAUGUGAAACAAAUGACUUAUAGAAGGGACCUACUCUACCUUUUAUCGCACUUUAAAAGAAUAAUCUUUUCCAAUAAAAAAAAAUGCACAAUCGAGAAAUUGUCUUGUCCUCCUCCGAGAAAUGACGGAUUUUAAUCAAAUGAAACUCAAGUUGCGCCUGAAAUUUUUCAUUUACUUUAACAACAGUCAAAUAAAUCAUUCAUUCAUUUCAAAUGAAUCUUCUGUUGGAAUCAAAUGAACGUUUUUUUAUAUUAAAAAAAUAUAUUUAUUUGAAUGCAGCUGAAACGACAGAAAAAUUCAAUUGAGAGGACUUUUGAGGGCGCAAGAGUCAACAAUCAUGUGACCAAACUUUCUUCAAGUGCAAACGAGUUUUCUCACGACUUGAAAAUACUUAUAGUCCCCCAGACUCGCCUAAAUCGAAUUUUCCGCGGGCAAAUCCUUCGCUAGUUUCAGCUCCAUUUGGAUUACGUCAGUGUUCCGUCAAAUCUGAUGACAAAAACGGAAUAAAUAUUCUUGAAUGUAUCACUUGCAUCAGCAAAAAGUAAUCACCCUCGAUGAAAAUCGAGCCUCAUUAUAUCCGUUACCUCAGAAUGUUCAGUAUCGAUUCAUUCCAGCUCUUUGUCUUCCCCCAGCGAAAACUCCUCACGUCUUUUAUUGUCGCAAUUUCAUUUUCACGAUUUUCCUAGCUCUAGCUUUAUUCCCUUUGAUUCAAAUAAACCAUUUCUCGGGGGAGGGGGGGGGCACUCGAAUUGUCCAGACCUCUUGAAGACUUUAAAUGAAAAAACCAUCGUUGUCGAGCUGUUUCCUAUUACGUGAAUAUUAAAAAUAAAAUGAAACCGAGGUAAGCCAUCUGAUGACGGUGAAAAAUUAAUUAUCAUUGUAUGUGUGUGUGUGUUACACCCUUCCCCCCAAGAAACCCGAAAUAGUUGAAGUUUUAAUUCAGUAGCGAAGUGGUAAAACGGUACAAGUCAAUUUUGACUGUUGACCAGUUUUCAGCGAAUA